AUGGCAGCUGCCGAUCUGAUGCUCAUUAUCACCGAUGUUAUACCGAACGGAGUUCAAUCUUAUUAUUCCCGGAGGUCUUUCCUGGACCUCACUCCUAUAUGUAGUGGUAUCGGGGUCCUGGUACGUGCAGCCAGGGACUGCUCUGUCUGGUUCACCAUCACUUUCUCCUUUGACCGAUUUGUGUCCAUUUGUUGUCAGAAGCUGAAGACAAAAUAUUGCACUGAGAAAACUGCAACUGUCGUUCUAGUAACAACAUGCACCCGAUUCUGUUUGAAAAACAUCCCCUUCUAUUUUUCAUAUGAGUCUAUGAGGCUAAUCAACAAUGUGCCAUUUUACUGUAAAACGAACUCAAGCUACUAUACUGAGACUUGGCGGGUGGCAUUAGAUUGGCUUGAUACAGUUUUAACCCCUUUACUGCCAUUUCCUUUAAUCCUGUUGCUCAAUGCUGUGACAGCCAGACACAUUUUAGUGAUCAGUCGAGUCCGGCAGAGGCUGAAGGGUGAGACCAAAGGAGAGAAUCGCAGCGACCAAGAGAUGGAGAGCAGAAAGAAAUCUGUGAUUUUACUCUUCACCAAACUGUCUGCAGCUCAGAUUGAGACAGAAUACACAUUGGAAAUGUCUUGUCCAAUUGAUGACGUCCUGAAAAUAUAUUACAUGAUUCUUGCUGUCAUUGGAGUUCCUGCUAAUUUACUGACAAUUGUGAUCCUAUCCCGCAGAAAGUGUGGCCUCUCAACAUGCACAACACGCUAUCUGGUGGCCAUGGCACUGGCGGAUCUCAUAGUCAUUAUGAUAAAUGCUGUACUGUGGCAUAUCAGCUUUUAUUAUUUCCCAGGGACAUUCCUGGAUAUUGCCCCUGUGUGUAGUCUCAAAACUGUACUGGCUUCUGCAACUACAGACUGUUCUGUCUGGUUCACUGUCGCUUUCUCCUUUGAUCGAUUUGUGGCCAUUUGUUGCCAGAAGCUGAAAAUGAAAUAUUGCACCGGGAAAACUGCAGCCUUGGUUCUCACAGUAACCUGCAUCCUGCUCUGUUUAAGAAACAUCCCAUACUACUUUACAUUUGAACCGUUGAUGAUAAUUGACAGUGUCCCGUGGCUCUGUACUGUGAAACCAAGCUAUUAUGCUGAUCCCGGAUGGGUGGGAUUUGAUUGGUUUGAUCGGAUUUUAACCCCUUUGCUCCCAUUCACUUUAAUUCUGUUAAUCAAUGCUCUGACAGUCCAACACAUUUUAGUAACUAUUCGAGUACGUAAAGGACUGAGAGGUCAGAGCAAUGCAAAGAAUUCUCGAGACCCAGAGAUGGAGAGUAGAAGGAAGUCUGUCAUUUUACUCUUCACCAUAUCGGGCAGCUUCAUUGUCUUGUGGUCAGUGUAUGUUAUCGAAUUCUUAUACUCUAAAAUUACAGGAACAAAUCCUGCAGAUUACACACUUUCUGAAUUUAUAUUUCAACAAAUUGGAUGGAUGCUGCUCAAUCUAAAUUGCAGCAUAAAUACCUUCAUUUAUGGGUUGACUCAGUCCAAAUUUCGAGAGCAGAUCGAGAAGAUGUUGAAAUAUCCUGUCACAGCAAGUAUUCGAUUAAUGAAGAAAUAA